GCUCAGCCACGACCGCUCAGCAUCUCGUCUCCACGUACUACACUUGCUCCAGACCUCCAUCUACACCACGAAAUAGACGGUCCAUACCCACAGCUUCUACUCCUACCAUGAGUUUCUUCCGCUCAGGCAGCAACACCCCGCAACCCGGGCAAACGCCAUACUCUCGCGUCCCUCCGGGAGGGAGCUACCGCGAUCAGGAGCCCGCAGCGAGGUCGCACAGAGUGCCGCCAAGAUACGAUGAUCCCACGGCGUAUGAGAAACGAGGAGGAUAUGAAUCUUCUAGACGUCCGGCGCAAUCGCACGGAAGCUAUGCUGUAGCAUCAGCACCGAGCGAUAUACUGGCUCUGUCCAACUGCCUCAUUGUACACCCUUCCGACUUUACCCAGGGACAGCACGUCCUCGUCAAGCAGCAAUUCCCGCUCACGACUCGGCAUGAUAACACGGGCAAGCUCGCCCAAGGCACGAUCGGUGCCUCCGCCACUCAGCGGCAAUGGAUUGGGCUCUCGCUCACCGGCGACGAGGUGACCGUCGAGCCCAUGAACACGCCGCCCUACCUCCAGUCCGUCGACAUCGAGGUCGGCUUCCUCCGCCGCGGACACGAGGUCGCCGAGCAGUUCUCCGCGGACGAGAUGGUGCACAACUUCACGAAGGCGUUUAGCGGCAUCGUGCUCGCCCUCGGCGAGAUUCUUGUGUUCGAGUUCCACGGCCAGAAUUUGAAGGCCGUCGUGAAGGGACUGCAUACACUCGACCUGCCUGCGAAGGGCGGCGCGGCGGAGGGACACGCACAUACACACCACGCGCAUGGUGUCGUGAUGGAGAAGACGGACAUAACCUUCAUCAAGGCCAGCGACAGCUCGAUUAAGAUCAAGUCGAGCGCAAAGAAGGCGCCCCCAAAUGCUAUUCUCGCUCCCAACUUCAAGUUCGAGGAUAUGGGUAUUGGUGGUCUUGACACGGAGUUCAGCGCUAUCUUCCGUCGUGCUUUCGCCUCGCGCGUGUUCCCGCCUGCUCUGGUGGAGAAGCUCGGUAUCACGCACGUCAAGGGUAUUCUUCUCCACGGCCCACCGGGAACGGGUAAGACCCUGAUGGCAAGGCAAAUUGGCAAAAUGCUCAAUGCCCGCGAGCCUAAGAUCGUCAACGGUCCUGAAAUUCUGAACAAGUUUGUCGGUGCCUCGGAAGAGAACAUUCGUAAACUCUUCGCGGACGCUGAGAAAGAGUACAAGGCCAAAGGUGACGAGAGUGGACUGCACAUCAUCAUCUUUGAUGAGUUGGAUGCCAUUUGCAAGCAGCGUGGCUCGACUGGUGGUGGCACUGGUGUCGGGGACAGCGUUGUCAACCAACUGCUCUCGAAGAUGGAUGGUGUUGACCAAUUGAACAACAUCCUCAUCAUCGGUAUGACGAACCGUCUCGACAUGAUCGACGAGGCGCUCCUCCGUCCCGGCCGUCUUGAAGUGCACAUGGAAAUAUCGCUACCCGACGAAAGGGGCCGUUUGCAAAUCCUGAGCAUCCACACCGCAAAGAUGCGCCAGAACAACGUGAUGGCACCGGACGUGAACAUCGAGGAGCUUGCUGCGCUGACGAAGAACUUCUCGGGUGCGGAGAUCAACGGGUUGGUCAAGAGCGCGACGAGUUUCGCAUUCAGCAGGCAUGUGAAGGUCGGCACGCUCGCGGGGAUAUCGGAUGAUAUCGAAGACCUGCUCGUCAACCGGGAUGACUUCAUGAACGCGCUGGACGAAGUGCAGCCUGCGUUCGGUGUAUCGAAGGGAGAGCUCGAGCAGGUCGUCGAGAACGGUAUCAUCCACUUCUCCUCUGUCAUCGACGACAUCCUCCGCUCUGGCAAGCUCUUCGUUGACCAAGUGCGGACAUCCACGCGCACGCCGCUCGUCAGCGUCCUCCUGCACGGCCCCCCGGGAUCCGGCAAGACGGCAUUGGCGGCGACGAUCGCGCAGGCCUCACAAUAUCCGUUCAUGAAGCUGCUCACGCCAGACAGCAUGGUCGGCUUCUCGGAGUCACAGAAGGUCGCAGCGAUACACAAGGUAUUCGCCGACAGCUACAAGAGUCCUUUGAGUGUCAUCGUCAUCGACAACAUCGAGCGACUGCUGGACUUCACGGCCAUCGGGCCGCGGUUCUCCAACACGGUCCUGCAGACCCUGCUCGUGCUUCUCGCGCGCAGACCGCCGAAGGGCCGUCGCCUGCUGAUUCUCGCUACGUCAUCCCUCCGGCCAGUCCUCACGGACCUGGGUGUGUCAGAGGUGUUUGACUCCGAGCUGCGCGUCCCGCCGAUCUCCAGCCUGCGUGCGGUCGUCCGCGUGCUGGACGAGCUCGAGAUAUUCCCGAACGACAACGAGCGCCACCAGGCGAUCAGCAUGCUGCAGCAGGCGGGCCUGGGCAGCUUGGACACACCCGAUGACGAAGAGUCGUCGAGACUGAACAUUGGUGUGAAGAAAUUGUUGAGUAUUGCGGAGAUGUCGCGCCAGGAGCCGGAUGAGACUGCAGAGAGACUGACGCAGUCACUGAUGGGACUGGGCAUGUAAGAUCUAGUGUAUCCAUAGACGUAACGGAACUGGACAAUGAUGUAUCGUGUCACUGCCAUAUGUAUUCACUGGCGUUCAGUAUACACGAGGCAGUCUCGAACCCGCG